ACAGUCCCUUAAUCAACAAGAGCCCGGAAGUGCCGGCCGCCGUGGCAGCGCGUGUGCUGUGGACGCAUCGUGGCGUCGUCGUGUUGCGCUCCGUGCGGGUCACGUUUCGUUCGCCGUUCUUGUGCGUCAGCCAGCAGAGGCGCCAACGCCCGCCGCAAGCUUUCGCCGCGACUGCGGACGAAAACGGCACGUGACAAAAUGACGAAGAUACGCACUGCACGUGUUGAAGACUGUCACAAGCUUGCCGAGAUUAUGAGGGACCGUUCUGAUAUUGCAUUCACAGACACAGAUGCCAUAGCCUCACGUCUCCAGAAGAAUGGUUUUGGUGAAGAUCCAGUUUUCGUCUGCUUUGUCGCCGAGGACGAUGUCACAGUUGAUUCCGGGAUAAUCGGCUACGUCAUGUUUUCACGGAUCUACUCAAGUUGGCAAGGGAAGAGCUUGCGUAUUGGCGACCUGUACGUUGCCCAAGACCACAGAAGAAAAGGCAUUGGAACGCAGCUUUUGAGAAGAGUUAUGAAGGAGUGUGAAGCCCAAGGUUGCCGGCGCAUCGACUGCUGUCCACAGCUAGUGAACAAGGCCCUAAUCUCCUUUUUGAAAAAACACGGAGCCAAGGACAUGACAUCGGAAGAUGGCUGGAGCUAUUAUCAGCUUUCUCAACAGGAUAUGCAAAAGCUAGCAGGAAUAGAAGUGAAAUAAAGAAAAAGUCCGCCUUCGUUUCA